ACAAUUCAUUAAUUUGUCUAGAGUCAAUAGCCUACUCUAUUUGAUCACGUUUUGAGUCGUUUAUCAUYAAUUCACUCGACAUAUAUGAGUUUAUAACAGUGACUUUGUCUCAGCCUUUUUGUGGAGAGUCCCGUUUUAUGGCUAUAKGCUAUUAUGUGUAGAUAGGUAGGCUAGACUGCACUCCUAUCACUUUUCACAAAAGUUCUAUGACCUCCAGAUAGUCAACAUCGGAACGUGUAAGAAUAAACAUAGCAGGUCUUUCGCACAUAAUUUCAUUAAUAACAGUAUUUAUUCUGGGAUUACAAACCCAUGCACUCCUUUUGUUAAGCAGUUUCUAAUCAAAUAUCAACAUUUGAAAGAUCUCAACUACAUGCAGCUAUUGUUCRUACAAUUUGUUUCCCUACAAGUCACUGAAUAGAACGUGCCAUUACCACAGAGAGAAACUAUUUCAAUUUACACCCUGACAUGSCUCAAAGGGCUCUGUUUUCAAAUAGGGCUAUCAUUGUCCUUUUCAGCUUUGUUCAUGUCGGGUGUAUAUUUUCUCCUUGUCAGMCUGUUGUCUGGUGGUAUAGGGGGGAGCUUUAGCCAUCYGAGCGGAGGGAGGACCAUGCUGUCUCUAAGCUGUGCAGACCCCUGGCCCGAGGGCUCGGUGGGGCUGGAGGAGGAAGUGGUGACUGCCGCUGCUCAWUCUGAGGAGCUGGACCUGGACGACAGCUCAGCRUCAGCAGGCUCCAGCAGCACUGGGGGCUCUGACAACCUGGAUGACAGCCUGACCAGCCUGCAGUGGCUGCAGGAGUUCUCUAUUCUCAAUGCCAAUGGGCCUCAACAGGCUCCUCUCUCCACUCACCACCAGCCUCACUUCUUCGGCCAUCAGCAGCUGGGCUCCGAGGCUCCCGCUUCCCCUCUGGCUGGUGACCCUGCAUCCAUAGGSAUGCCCCUCACCCCAGGCAAGCCCACAGCAGCAGCCUAUUGUAGGAUGCAGUCCCUGUCAGCCCUCCCUAGRCUGGUGGCCCAUGGUCACUGCCCCGAUGAGGUGGACUACAAGACAAACCCUCAUAUCAAACCCCCUUACUCCUACGCCACACUCAUCUGUAUGGCCAUGCAGGCCAGCAAGAAGACCAAGAUCACCCUCUCCUGCAUCUACAAGUGGAUCACUGACAACUUCUGCUACUUCCGCCAUGCUGACCCCACCUGGCAGAACUCCAUCCGGCACAACCUGUCUCUGAACAAGUGUUUCAUCAAGGUUCCGCGGCAGAAGGACGAGCCAGGGAAGGGGGGCUUCUGGAAGAUCGAUCCCCAGUACGCAGAGCGCCUCCUCAACGGGGCCUACAAGAAGAGGCGGAUGCCCCCUGUCCAGAUCAAUCCUGCCCUGCAGAACAGGCUUAGGGCCAACCCCCAGCCKCUGCCCAGGGGCCURUGRAACCCCACAGGCAGCCAGAGUGGGCUAUGUGUCAAUCCAGAGGCUCAGCAGCUCCUCAGAGAGUUUGAAGAGGCCACUGGAGCCGACCAGAACUGGGACCCCUGUCUGGCCGAAGGCACCAUGCUGGGGGCAUGGCCCAUGAGAAAGGGAGGCCCUGGACACAAGAGGAAACACCCACUGGGCUCCAGGACUGCCGUGGUCAAAGUCCCCCGGCGCUCCAGCUCUCCUUUACUGUCUGUGGAGGAGUAUAGGGAACUGGGCUCCCUGAAGGGGAACUUUGACUGGGACGCCCUCCUGGAUUCUGCGCUGAGCGGGGAGCUGAGUCUGGACGGAGGGGGUCCACUGAGCCCCAUCCCKCAGGAGGAGGACCUGAUGGUGCGGGGCACCCACAUCUGCCCCCUGGAGGCCCCCGCAGGGACAGCAGACAGCAGCCACGUGCUGGCGGGGACCCAGAGGAGCAGCGGAGCAGACUUUGAGGAGACGUUCCUGGCCACAGCAUUCCUGCAGAGCCCCUGGCCAGAGGAAGAGGAGCAGGGARCUACCAACUUCCUGUGCAGCUCCACAGUCAACCUGGAGCAGCUCUUUGACCUGGGAGAUUCCCUCGGAGGGGACCUCAGCAGUAAGAUAGAGUAUCUUCUCUAAAGACAUGUUCUCCAAUUCUUUGGCCUCCAAGACUCUUUGACUAUACUGUGAUGAUGACACUACUAGAUUAUUGUUUAAAAAGAGAGGCACCYCAUGAACUAAAUGGACCUUUUACACAUACAUGUUUUUAAGAUUUCUAGAUUAUGUUUUUUGAAAUUGGUACAAUAAUGGAUGACAUCAUUAAUGCCUACAGAGCAAAAAUGCCACAAUGAACUGCAGUAUUCCAAACGAUUACUGGACAAAAUCUAUAUCAAACCUACUGUUGGGACCAUGACAUUGGAUAAUAGACAUUAUCAAUAAGACUUCGCUCACAAAGAGAAACAAAAUAUUCCUGUCUGAGGACAGGAAAACCACCAAUAUGUCUUUGUUUACAUUCUGAAUAUAUAUGUGGUAUUGAAUGGAUUGCAGGUUGACAUGGAUAGAGGAAUUGUCAUCCAGGCACAAGGCGAGCAACAGAACAUUGGAAUCGACAUUUUAGAAAUGUACAUUUAUUUUGCAUUAGAUGAAAUUACAAAGUAAGACAUUACAGUGACUGUACUCUUUGAAAGUUAUGGACAGUUUCGAGAUGCAAGGCCAAUAGCUAAUGAUGAGAUGAGGUGUUGUACCUGACAGUGAUGCAACGUUUUAGCUGCUUAAGAAUAGGUGGUUUAGCAUGCUGAAUAUUUCAUAAAGGUUUAGAUGAAUCCACCUCACAGGGAAUACUAUUAUUUGUUGUGAAGAUCUCUUAUUAUUGUUUKGGAAUUAAAAUGAUCACAAUGCUGAUGCAUACUAAAWUCCCAGAGAAGGUUAUGGAAUGUAUGCAUCAGACUUCAGGAAUUUCGGUCCUGUACUGAAUUUUCRACUGAAAUGCUGAAUGAUCUGACUUUUAACGAUCUGUGGAUGCAUUUGGAUGAAAUUCUGAAACUAGUGUCUAUUUAAUAURAAUAUACAAUAUCUGUAACUGAAGUGAAAGGAAUACUAUGAUGAUCAAUGAAGAGAUAUUUGCCAAAUUACUACUAAUUAGAAGAGUUUUUAGACUUAAAAUAGUUUUAUGUGUGGGGUUUUCUAUAAUGACUACUUUCUGAAUGCAUUCUUUGAAUAAUGAGCUUUUCACUUUAACUAAAUGUAUGCAGAACAAUUUAAAACAGGUUGUUUUUAGCAAGCUUAGGAUUGUCAUAUUAUCAGCAGAGAGUGUAAAUUUAUAUUUAAUAAUCAUUAAUUCAACAAAUUUCAGUGAGUUAACCAGUAACAGAGAGCAGUAGAGGACAGCUCUGGAUGUCGUAAAGACAAGUUAAUUCCAAUGCAGAAUAGCUCAAGGCAAGCUUCUCCUUUGCAAAGGUUUCAGUGGCUUGUCAAUGAAUACCCGACCUUCAGGUUAGAUGUGCAAAGAACAACACUUGGGACCAGAAGACCGGCAGUGUUAGAGGUUGGGUUUUCACCAAGGAAAGCUGAUGGAGGCCUAUUGGUCAACAGAAGGACACAAUGCAAAAAUGAUGACAUAAACAAGCAGGAAUUACAUGAACAAAUGUUGAGUUAUGAGAUACUCUCUUGUUUUGUUUCAAGUCUACCUUUACCAGGAAAUUGCUUUGUCUUUCCUCUGGUCUUACUAAACCAAAUCACACGGUUUCAAGACAUGAGUGAGUCUUAAAGGUCGACUUAUGGCACAAAAAACUGUACAUUUUCGAUCAGAAACGGGGUGCACCUUUGGUGGUUCGUCGAAGUGUCAUUCUGGUAAGGCAUGCUGCGACCGACGUAGAUAGUUUGUUAGCUAAGAUAGCCACUUUAGCUAGCCAGUGACUCUUCCAGUGUGUUGACGUAAUUUCACAGGAUUUGUGUUUGGAAAGAAGCUGUAGAGGUCGGUAAGAAAUGGCCCUUCGGUAGCCAAAUAUCUUAUUCAUAAAUUAUGGUUGUGUUUUUAAGCAUUAAAUGACCUAGUAUGAUGGUGCAUUGAUCAGUUAUACAGUUUAAAGCCGCUAUUUUUGUGUUUUUGCCCAAAGUCGACCUUUAACAUGUAUAUUAAAAUGUGCUAAUAGUCGUUAUCUUGUAGAAUAACUACUCCUGGUUUAUUAGUGUUGUAAAUCCACCAUGAAGUGUGAAAGUGCAAUCAAUGUACAGUGAGUGAUACUUGGUCUAUUUUACAUUACAUUGAAGGGUAGUAAUGCAGUUUACUUAGUCAGACCCAGUUCAUGGUUUAUUGUGUGGUACGGUAUGGAUACAUUCUGAUGGAAGGAAACUCCUCCUUUAAAAGUGAAUUAACUACUACGAUAUUUUGUCAGUUAUGUAUUAGCUCUUCCAAAACACUUGUCAUCCAAGUUGACCCUAUUGGCAUCAUACCUCAAGAUUUUUUUUAUAUAGAGAUAUGCAUUCAUGUGUGCAUUCAUACUCUGUUUAUUUUUCUGUUUUUCCUUGACAAUAAAAAAAACCUUCAAACUUGAA